CAUUCAUGCAUGGGAGAACCAUGCAGAGAAGCUGACACGUGGUAGCCAAGGCAUGCAACAAAGAGCCACGUGGAUGCACAGGCUGGUAAAAGAUUAGUAAUCAGGACAAUAGAGCAUGAUUUGCAGCCAUUCAGUGCGUGCAGUUCGUGGCAUUGGACGUGCUUCAUCACUCCCUUGUUCUCCUCCUAUCUUUCACAGAAUCACUGUUCUUAGUUUUCAAGUCAAAAGCAACUCCAAAGAUCAGGAUCAAGAUCAAAAUAUGGAACCCAAGAACCAACAACAACCCUACAGGGAUGUAAUGUAUGAUUCAUUUGGGGAUGGGUAUGGCACAAGGUCUGAUGAAGAAGGAUUUGGUGGUAUUUAUGGAAGAAAUCAAGAAUUAUCAAAAGAGAAUGAACCCAAACCAAAGCAUAGUGAAAAUCAUGAAUAUGAUACAUCCCAAGGAAGUGAAGUCAAAGAAAAGGAGAAAGCUAGGCAUCAACCACAUGUGAAAUCAGAAUAAACUCCUUUUUAUUUUCAAGCUUGAAAUGAGAGGUUCAGUUGUAGUGUUUGUUGUUUUGCUUUUUAUUUUUUUUCUUUAUUGUGUUGUGGAGGAGACUAGAAGUUUGUAAUUUAUGGGGUCACCUUUCCCCACUUACAAUAAAAUUCCAGUAAGAACUAGGGUUCUAUCUAUGAAUUCUAAAGCAACCUUUUCCAUUAUUAAUGCAGAAUAUUGUGAAAUUAGUUUGA